UACACAGUAGAGUAAGCCCAGUGUUCUUAUUCUCCAGAAAAAAACAACAAAGCACUGGGGAAGACAAGACAGAGAGUCUGAGCUGUAGGCUGAACAACCAGCAUGAAUUCAAUGACUUCAGCAGGACCCAUGGCCAAUACUGUGUUUAUGGCAGCACCCCACAAUGCACAUUCUGCAAUCCCGGGAAGCACGACUCAGGUGACCCUGUAUCCACACAACCAGCCCCAAGUCAACCUAAGUCCUGGGAACCAACCUGCCUUGCAGACACCUGAGAGUGCACCACCAGCCCAGAGAAUCUUCAAAGAGGGCAAAACCUUAGGGGCCCUCCAGAUCCUGAUUGGGCUGCUACACUUCGGCCUUGGCAGCAUCCUGGGGACCAUCAUGCUUGGGAAGUAUAAAGCCCCCUCAUUCUAUGGAGGCUAUCCUUACUGGGGAGGUAUCUCUUUCAUCAUUUCAGGAUCCCUCUCAGUGGCAUCAGAGGAGCAGCCAAAUUAUCCUUGCCUGAUGAGGGGCGGCUUAGGCAUGAACAUCCUCAGUGCGAUCUUUUCUGUGGUGGGAAUCUGUCUCUUUAUGGCAGAUAUAUUUAUCGACCAACCAGAUGUUUACCAGGGUUUGGAAGUGGUAUCAUUCCAGAUCCCUGGGAAAACUACUUCUGGUGUGCUGCUUGUCUUCAGCCUCCUGGAGCUCUGCAUUGCCUCCACAUGUGCCCACUUUGGCUGCCAACUGGUCUCCUACCACUUCGUGGUCUACCAAACCGUCUAUAUGUCCAACCAAGUGCCCAACCCAGAACCAGUGAACUCACCACCAUCUUAUUUCAGUGAGAUGCAGCACUCCAAAUAGGCCAAAGGCUCUAGAAGCAUCUUUCAAUGGGAUUUUAAGAAAACCCUUCCAUUUCCAUGCUAUUGAAACUUAGCUUUUUCCUUCCCUAACAAACUAAGCAACAUUUCUGUCUAAUUGUGUGCACCCUGGACUCCAUUUCUUUCAGCCUAGUAAAUUGUGCUGUGCCUCUAUUUAAAAAGAAAGACAGAAAUUUCAAGUGGAUUUUAGCAAAGGGGUCCUCCCUAGGGCAGCCACAUGUGGAGACAUCAUGUGCAUGUAUUUCAUGUGCUUUCCUGUGUGGGCUUAGGAGUUAGAGGAAUAAAUGUCUAAAGAGCUAAAACUUCAUUCUUUCAAUCAUUCACUCACCGAAUAAAUAUGCACCAAGAUUUCA